AUGGCCGGCGAAUGGCUCACGGCAACUGCAAACACGAACAUGUUCACGUAUGAAAUCGCGCCGGUGUUUAUCCUGAUGGAAAAGGCCGUGAUGAAACGAAUGUGGGAGGCGAUUGGUUGGGAUGUCGAUCAAGCGGACGGCAUUUUUGCUCCAGGUGGUGCAAUCGCAAAUCUGUAUGCAGUGAGUACAGCCAGACAUGCACUGUAUCCUCGUAGUAAAUAUGUCGGCCUGAAAGAUGUGCCAACACUCUGCAUUUUCACCAGUGAAGAUAGUCACUAUUCGAUCAAGAGCGCAGCGGCUGUGUGCGGUAUCGGCAGUGACUUCUGUUUCAAUAUUCCCACCGAUAACGCUGGGAAAAUGAUCCCCGAAGCGUUGGAACAGAAAAUUAUCGAAAGCAAGAAGGACGGACUGACACCAAUGUUCGUGUGCUGCACAGCUGGCACGACCGUCUACGGUGCAUGGGAUCCGAUCGACAAGAUAGCUGAUAUCUGCGAACGUCACAAAAUUUGGUUGCAUGUCGAUGCGGCGUGGGGCGGUGGUGUGCUGCUGUCGCCGGAGCACCGCUACAAAUUGGCAGGUAUCGAACGAGCGAACAGUGUCACGUGGAAUCCGCACAAGUUAAUGGGAGCCCUAUUGCAGUGCUCGGCAUGUCUGUUCAGACAGGAUGUCCGAACUUUGCGAUUGCGUGGACAUGCUCAUCCAUUUGAGAACCGCAUACAACAUUGGCAGCAUUUUUUGAUUUUGGAGUCAUUCCAUCCAGGUCAUCUGUAUAGCGUAUAU